UUUUGUUUUGUCCUUAAAUAUAAACACGGGAUACCCCCCUUUUGUAUUUUUCUUGAUUGUCAAUUGCCACAAUCCUAAGUCUUUUACUUUUGUCUAUCUAAUAAAACUGUUCCGUUGAUUUGAAAUCUCAAUCUUUUUCAGCUAAACAACAAUCGUCUCACCCUUUCAUUUCAGUACUUAUAUUAGUACUACUAUCUUUUUCUUUAUUAGAUUCUCUCUCUUUCUUGAAAUUAAUUUAUUAAAUUUUCUUGAGUUGAGGUGCCGUGUUUACAGUGGAAAGUGGGACUCUUGCUUCUCUUGCAAGUGAUGGGGCGUUGAAAAAUCUUACCUUAAAGAAGGUGCUUUCCUCAUUUAUAUCUACUUCUAGUUCUAGGCUUUAAAUUUUGUUACUAUUUAUUUAUUUAUUUCAUUUCUGAUCUGGGGUAUAGGGUUCUUAUUAAUUCAUAUACUAGUACUGAGACUUGCUUUAAUUACAAGUAGUUGGUCGGCCUUUUCUUUGAGAUUUUUGAGGUGUUUUGGGAUGCGCGUUUGAAGUUUCUGCAACUGAGCCUUUCUUCUUCUUUUCACAUAACAAGGUGCCCUGCUGUAACGGUUAAGUCAUCUUGAUUUUUCAGUCUUGGGAUCUGGUUUUGAUUUGGGUGCUAGGGAUCUGGAAAAAGGUCUUUUCUUGGUGCUAAAUUGCUUCAGUUGCCAGCGGAGUUACUAGUGCUGCUGUUUUUGGGAUAUAAGGGUGGAAACUUUCUUCAUUUGAAACUGUUUUUAGGUGUGGCGAGCUGUAAAAUUUAUGAUAAAUGGUGGUGGGAAUCUUGAUUUGAACUGUUUAUGUAUAAUUCUUCUAUGUAUUCAGCAAUGAGUUUCCUGAAUUGGGUAUUCUUGGCUUAUCUUUUCUGUACAUGUUUGAGUCUUGAAACCCCAGUUCAAAACUGUCAUCCAAUUGAUUUAUUGGCAUUGAAGGAAUUUGCUGGCAACCUAACAGAAGGGUCUAUUUUAUCAGCUUGGUCUCAUGAAUCCAGUUGCUGUAAAUGGAAAGGGGUUGUCUGUGGAAAUGGUUCAGCUCAAAGUAGAGUGAUCAUGUUAAAUUUGUCAAGAAAAGGGUUGAGAGGUGUGAUUUCACAGUCCUUGGAAAAAUUGGAUCAGUUGAAAUUGCUCGAUCUUUCGCAUAAUCACCUUGAAGGUGGAUUGCCAUUGGACCUCUCCAAAUUGAAGCAAUUGGAAGUUCUUGAUUUGAGCCAUAAUGUGUUAAUUGGACCAGUAUUGAGGGCAUUUACUGGAUUGGAAUCAAUCCAGUCUCUCAAUAUAUCUAGCAAUUCGUUUACUGGAAAUUUCAGUGAGUUUGGUGAAUUCCCUAACCUUGUUGCAUUGAAUGUAAGCAACAACUCUUUUACUGGUGGUUUCAGGUUUGAAACUUGUUGCUUCAGCAAGAAGAUUAGGGUGUUGGAUAUAUCACUCAAUCAUCUCACUGGUGAUCUUGGAAGCUUGGGAAAUUGCAGUUCUUCACUCCAACAGCUGCAUGUAGAUUUCAAUAAUCUCGGUGGUCACCUUCCGGACUCGUUGUAUUCAAUGACAUCUUUGGAGCAACUUUCACUCUCUGCCAAUAAUUUCUCUGGCCUGCUAAGCCCACAGCUUAGUAAGCUUUCCAAACUGAAAUCCUUAGUUUUAUCUGGUAACCACUUUCAUGGUUUGCUCCCUAAUGUGUUUGGGAAUUUGACACAGUUAGAGCAGUUAGCUGCACAUUCUAAUAGGUUUUCUGGGCCAUUGCCGGCUACGCUUUCGCAUCUUUCUGUUCUUAGGGUGCUUGAUCUUAGGAAUAAUUCUUUGUCUGGUCCUGUUGAUCUUGAUUUUACUAGAUUGACAAGUCUGUGUACUCUUGACCUUGCAACUAACCGUUUCAUAGGUAACCUUCCUGUCUCGCUCUCUAGUUGUCAGGAGUUGAAAAUUUUGAGUCUUGCCAAAAACGAAUUUACCGGGCAAAUUCCUAAGAACUAUGCAAACCUUUCAUCUCUUGUGUUCCUCUCGUUGUCCAAUAAUACCCUUUCCAAUUUAUCUGGAGCUCUGUCUGUUCUGCAGCACUGCAGAAAUCUUUCAACUCUUAUUCUCACCAGGAACUUCCGUGGCGAAGAGAUUCCCAAAAAUGUGAGCGGGUUUGAAAACCUGAUGAUAUUUGCAUUGGGGAACUGCGGUUUGGAUGGGCAAAUUCCGACGUGGUUAUACAAUUGCAGUAAAUUGCAAGUGCUUGACUUGUCGUGGAAUGAUUUGGAUGGCAAUAUUCCUCCUUGGAUUGGCGAAAUGGAAAAUUUGUUUUACUUGGAUUUCUCAAACAAUUCACUCACAGGUGAAAUCCCGAAAAGUUUAACUGGUCUAAAGAGCCUCAUUUCCCCUCACAGCUAUGCUUCUAGUCUGAAUUCUCCGACUGGUAUUCCUUUGUUUGUCAAGAGGAAUCAGAGCGGUAGCGGUCUGCAGUACAAUCAGGCGUCAAGCUUCCCUCCGUCUAUCUAUUUGAGUAAUAACAGACUAAACGGGACAAUCUGGCCUGAAAUUGGUCAUCUGAAACAACUUCACGUCUUGGAUCUUAGUAGGAACAACAUUACCGGGACUAUACCUAGCUCAAUUUCAGAUAUGGCGAACCUUGAAGUUUUGGACCUUUCCUCUAAUGAUCUCCAUGGAUCAAUUCCUUCUUCCUUCAACAAGCUCACGUUCCUUUCAAGAUUCAAUGUAGCUAAUAAUCAUUUGCAGGGAGCGAUUCCAACUGGCGGUCAGUUCUUCAGCUUUCCCAGCUCGAGCUUUGAGGGUAAUCCUGGACUUUGUGGAAAAAUUAUUUCUCCUUGUACUGUCAGCAAUUUGGGCGUUCGACCGGCUAUUCCUUCUGCUUCUAGUAAUAAGCUUGGCAAAAGUGGAAUUCUUGGAAUUACAAUCAGCAUAGGGAUAGGAAUUGCACUUCUUCUUGCAAUAGUCCUGCUUAAAAUGUCUAGAAGAGAUGCCGGACACCAGAUUGAGGAUUUCGAGGAAGAUAUUAGCAGACCUUCCCGAUUGUCUGAUGCUUUUGGUCCUUCGAAGUUGGUACUUUUCCAGAAUUCUGAUUGCAAGGAACUGACUGUUGCAGACUUGCUAAAAUCGACGAACAACUUCAACCAGUCAAACAUUGUUGGAUGUGGAGGAUUUGGUCUAGUUUACAAGGCGGAACUACCAAAUGGCAUGAAAACUGCUAUCAAGAGGCUUUCUGGGGAUUGCGGGCAGAUGGAACGUGAAUUCCAAGCUGAAGUGGAAGCCCUCUCAAGAGCUCAGCACAAAAACCUUGUAUCCCUUCAAGGGUACUGUCGGCACGGGAAUGAUAGGUUGCUAAUAUAUUCUUACAUGGAGAAUGGAAGCUUGGACUACUGGCUACAUGAAAGGGUCGAUGGGAACUCAUUAACAUGGGAUGUGAGGUUAAAGAUUGCACAAGGAGCAGCUCGUGGUUUAGCCUAUUUGCAUAAGGAACCAAAUAUAGUCCAUCGCGACAUUAAAACCAGCAACAUUCUUUUGGAUGAGAGAUUUGAAGCGCAUUUAGCUGAUUUUGGACUCUCAAGGUUGCUGCAUCCCUAUGAUACUCAUGUCACGACAGAUCUGGUCGGAACCUUGGGAUACAUUCCUCCCGAGUAUAGUCAAACAUUAACUGCUACUUUUAGGGGCGAUGUUUACAGCUUCGGUGUUGUUCUUCUUGAGCUUUUGACAGGCAAGCGUCCCGUGGAAGUAUGCAGGGGAAAAAGUUGCAGGGAUUUGGUGUCAUGGAUGUAUCAACUGAAAUCUGAGAACAGGGUGGAGGAAAUAUUCGAUACAUCGAUAUGGGAUACAAGUUAUGAGAAGCAGCUUUUGGAGGUGCUAAGUAUAGCUUGUAAAUGUAUAGAUCGUAAUCCGCGGCAGAGGCCCUCGAUUGAUCAAGUGGUUUCAUGGCUUGAGGCAAUUGGAACUGGAAAAGAUAGAUGAAAUUCAUCUACUUUUUCCUUGUAGUCUUAGCUUAUAUUGCUUACAAAAUGAAAAAGAUCAAUGUAAAGCAAACACAAAUUCUAAUUUUAUAGAGUUGGUUAUAAAACUGAUAAAUUGCUUUUUGGUUCA